UUGAGCAUACCGAACACGGUGUCUCGAGUCCUCAAGUACAUACCAGAGCUACAGCAGCAAGUGGAAGCAUUGGAACGCAAGAAGAAGGAGUUGCUGUCGGCCGUAUCUAACGACAAGCAACUCGACAACAAUAAGCAAGACGGCCAUGUCGAUCAAAGCCCUAAUAAUGUUCUUGAUGAUCAUCAUCAUCGCACGAACCUCGAUACAACUAAGAAGAGCUUCGCUUCUUCAUCAUCUUCAUCAUCGUUAGUGUCAUCUUCAUCAUCCACAGUGUCCACGAGCUGGCUGGGUGAACAGGAAGUCAUGGUACAGAUUUCCAUUGCCCAAAACGACAACAAUAGUAACGUCGUACCAAACAGGACGUUUCCUGUUUCAGAAGUGUUGUUGCAUCUCGAGGAAACCGGCCUUGUUCUAGUGAACUCUUCUUCCUUCGAGUCUUGUCGAGGGAGGAUCUUCUACAAUCUCCAUCUUCAGGUGGAAGGAACUCGAGGAGUAAUAGUAGGACUGGACAGUGAAGCUCUGAGCGAGAAGUUGUUGAACUUAUACGAACAAGCUAUGGCUCGUUCCUCCUAA